AUGGCUAACGAAAGUUCAAAAUAUUCUAUUAAUAAAGAUGAUUUAUUAUUAAUUAUUCUAGCUGUAUUUAUUCCACCUGUGCCAGUUAUCAUUAGAAAAGGUUUCUGUAGUAAAGAUUCUUUAUUAAAUAUUUUACUGUUUAUGAUUUUAUUUUUCCCAGCUACAAUUCAUUCAUUUUACAUCGUUUAUGAAUCAAGUAAAGAACGUGAUUUAGAAAGAGAUAAUUCAUCUUCAACAGUUGGUAAUGGUGGUAGAACAUUAUCAGAAGAUCAAGUUCCACUAACAAAUGGUGACUUCAAUAUCGAUUUAGAGAGAAAUGCUAAUGAUAUUCAAGAAAAUUCUUCUUCUUUACCAAAAUAUGAUGAAAUUCCUCAUGAAAAUGCCACUACUGGUGAUAUUAAAGUUCAACAUUAG